AUGUCUGCACCCGAGGAGCCAAUGGUGUCCGUGUUUCACUUUACCUCCCGCAUAUCGAGCGCCAAGAUUCGCAAAUAUAAAAUUGCCACCGAGAAGGGCAUGGGUGGCCGGACGCCGACACCUGGGCCCUCUAACAACACCACCACUCCGUCUCCAGGACUCGGACCGGCGACCAUGGCGCCAAAGAAGUCUUCCAAGAUGGAUCCACCACCGCCGGCCAAGAAGCGCAGAGUCACCCUCACUGUUCGCCAGCCUAGCCAGAGCCCAGAUACCAUUGCCGUUGCCGUUGCCAGACCUACCAGAUCAUCCGCUCAGAAUGUCCGCUACUUGGACGAUGUCAUGGACGUUGAUGAUGAGGAGGACGGAGAAGGAGAAGUCACUGACACAGCGAGACUCCAGGCACCUCAAGCAUCCCCGGCAGCGUCUUCAGACCUGUCCUCCCUUUCGUCACUUCAGCCGUUAGAAGGGGAGCCCACGCCAGCUCCACCGCCGGCAAGAAGGCAGAGCAGGGCUGCCAUUGACUACGGCGCAGCAUUUCUCAGCUACUACACCACGGGUCAUGACGACGAUGAGAAAGAAGCAGAAGCAGAUGGAGAAGGUGUCGAGCGAGAAGUGCCCACGCCCGCACCCCCUAACCAACCAGUGACUGCCAGAGUAGCAGCACCGCCAGCCCAACCACCAAGUCAAGCACAAGCACAGCUACCUGUCAACGCUCCUCCACGAGCUGCUCCCCCACUGCAGGUUCCACAGAUGACCACGAUUUUCAGACACCACACCGGCCCACCUGGUCCCUACCCAACCUCCGCAAAGGAUCCCGAGGAGCGUCGGCCACCUCCCCGCGCCGUUCAGCAAAUCCCACUUCCGCCGCCGACCGUCUACCUGAUGGACUCACGUCGCAGGAAUGCUGGUCCAAGGCCGUCACCAACGGAAGCUAGCCUCGCCAGAGUAGUCGAUGAGCUGGGUUAUCAUCUGACAAUCUUCAACGGGGUGCCGCCGCCAGUCCGCAGGGCUCCAAGUCCGCCACCUACUCAAUACACUUCCCCUUAUGCGAACACCACCAACACAGGGAACACCGGCAAUGCAGUCAACACCGGCAACGUAGCUCAUACCGACAACGCAGCCAACGCAGUCAACUCUGCCAAUCCUGCCAAUCCUGCCAACACUGCCAAUGUAGUCAAUGCAGCCAACACCGCCAACACGGCCACGAACGAUAACAAGUCGGCAGCAUCUUCUGCCGUUUCGAGCAAUGGUCAGAAGCGCAAGCUGGUUGAAAAUCUACUUGCAGCUUUCGGUGACAUUGAGGAUGAUGAGGAGGAUGGCGGUAGCAACGAUGACACCACCGCCGGCACAGCACAGGUCCCCGAGGCUCCGAACAACAGCGAAGCUCCAGUCGCCAACAGGGACGCACCUGCCACCAACGGCGAAGCUGCCACCAACGGCGAAGCUGCCGCCAUCAACAAGAUUCCCGACAAUACUCAUGCUGCUGAGUCCGAGGCGCGUCCAAACGACGUAUUCUUGCCGGCUGGAGGCCGUGUCGAUCAAUCACUCAUUCACGGCAUCCAAUUCAUCCAGACUGUCUUGAGGAAAUGGGCCUUCGAACGUCUCAGCCAGCAGUACGCUCGUCACUACUACGAAGCGCACCAUCUGGCGCAGAUAGAGGCCGCGAAUCGUAGGCGUGGACCUGGCCGCCCACGUAAGUUUGAGGAAGCUGAAGAGCAGCGCAACCUUCCUGGGCCUUCUGUUCACAUGGAGCUUGCCAACACGGAAGAAGGUCGUACCAUCGAGCUUUUUCAAGAGAUCAUAGAGGCAGGGCUCGUGCGGGUCAAUGCCAGCCUGCCGGAGGCUCUAUCACGUCCCUUGCGGGUCGUCUACACUCAACUCGACCAGCUCAUCAACAAGUCGAGUUCUGGGCAAGAGCCAUGGCGUUUGGUGUCCUAUGGCGCGCAGAUCUCAGCCCACAACGAGAUGCUUGAGCAGGUCAGAGAGCACGCUCAACGCGCUGCAGCAGAGACUGAGCGUCGGCGCGCCACUCAUUCACGUUACACAGGGCGGACGGCCCAGCGCGGGGCACGGACCGGCUUUCAAGGACAGCUGGGCGCUCCGAGCGGUCGACCGGCGCAGCAGAAUAUUCAGCAGCCGCAUCCCUCGAGCUACCAAGCAAGCAAUCCGACACCUCUCCCGUCUCAGGCUGUCACCGGUGCUCCAAACUCGUACAGUGCUGGUCCGAACGGCACUACACGCAACUCCAAUCAGCCAGGCACUGGUAACGUCCCGCUACCGGACAAUCCAUCUACGUACAUGCGCAACAACGAUCCUCGCUUCUGGGGCCAAGGAGAUCCUGGGUCAUUCAACGCGCCUUCGGCUUUCGCACCACCAAACAAUCCAGCUGCAAGUUCCUCUCAAACCAAUGGCGCUCGCGCAGCUGGGUCUGAAAUCGACAGGUCGAACCUUGCAAGGAACUUGCUCUCGCGAUCCGGUCAGACGAUGAACUUCUCGUUCCCUACCAACACGGCUGGCUCAGGUCUGCCGAAUCGUGGUCCUAUGGCUCAGCCGUCAUCCCCACUCAACCCAUUUGCGAACAGUCCACCGCGCGCACCCAAUGGGUUUGGCGCUGGCUCUCCAUCAAACACACCUGCGAACGGUCCGCCACGCGCAGUCAAUGGCACCGGUGCUGGGUCGCCACCGCAAGCUACCACGCCAACACCAAGCGCACCACCCAUGAGUCGUGUACCUUCCGACACCAUCGAAGUGGCGUCAAGGCCAUCUGGCCGUCGCUCAACCAGGUCAUCACCGAACGAGGCCGUACCAGACGUUCCCACUGCGAUUGGCAGCUUCCGCUCCUUCACAGCCGACGGUCAGCCAUCGCGCCCAUCGAGUGCUGCACCAGUCAACAACUCCAACCCGACGCCCUCCCCGACACCAAGACCGUCUUCUGUUUCAACGAACGCCGGUCACGCUGCUGCUGACGCCAACAACGUUCCGGCACCCGUUAAGAAGUCCGCAGCAACCACCAAGAAAUCUGCGCCAGACUCUUCGGCAUCGGGAUAG